AUUAACAAAUGUACAAACAAACACCAUUCCAAACGGAACCUACAAAAUAUAUAAAUAGUAUUAUUUUUUUCACACUUUUUAUUUUUUUUUUCAAGUCAGUUUCGAACCCAUAAAAGCUCCUCACAAAUCUCACCAGUUUCGAACCUAACAUCAUACACUAAACGUUCUUUCUCUCUUCUUUUCUUUUUUUUCUCUGAUGGAGUAUUUCGUUUCUGUACUUUUUUUUUUCUGUUGAAAAAUAGAUCUUUACUGUUACACACCGCUUAACUAGAAGCUCUAUUGUUGGAUCAGCUUGGUUUCUAUUCUGGUAUUUGGUUUUCUUUAAUUUGGAUUAAUCCAUUGCGAUAUUUUUGGCGGGAAGGGCAUCUUCCCUUCAUUGUUCUGCAUUUGAAAAUUUAAAUAACAGAUAUAUGAACACCUACAGGCAAUCAUGGUGUCAAGGUCUUCUCGCAUAAGUUUGCUGGAAUUGUCAUCUGCGGAUAUGUUGAGUUUCCCUCAAACUCCUAGACCACUUCCACGGGUGUUGACUGCUCCUGGAAUGAUUCCAGAUGUAGAUAGUAGUGGAGAUUUAGAUGUUCUUUCCCCUAAAACCCGUCAAAAAAUAAUAAUAGUGGCAAAUUUUCUCCCUCUUCAUGCUCAAAAGGAUCCAGAAUCUGGCAGAUGGUGCUUUAGUUUUGAUGAGGAUGCACUUUAUUUACAGCUUAAGGAUGGUUUCUCAUCUAACAGUGAUGUUGUAUAUGUGGGAUCUUUGAAGGUUGAUGUAGAUGCAAGUGAGCAAGAAGAAGUUUCCCAGAAACUGCUGGAGGAUUUUAAUUGUGUGCCCACAUUCCUUCCUCCUGACCUUCAAAAGAAAUUCUAUCAUGGAUUCUGUAAACAAUAUUUGUGGACCCUUUUUCACUACAUGCUGCCUAUUUGCCCAGACCAUGGCAAUGGCUUUGACCGGAUGCUUUGGCAGGCAUAUGUUUCUGCUAAUAAAAUAUUUGCAGACAAGGUUCUGGAGGUGAUCAAUCCGGAAUAUGAUUUUGUAUGGGUUCAUGACUAUCACCUCAUGGUUCUCCCUACAUUUUUGAGAAAGGCUUUCAAUCGAGUCAAGCUUGGCUUCUUCCUCCAUAGCCCAUUUCCCUCAUCAGAAAUCUACAGGACUCUGCCAGUCAGGGAAGAAAUCAUGAAAGCAUUGCUUAAUGCUGAUUUGAUUGGUUUUCAUACAUACGAUUAUGCUCGCCACUUUCUAUCUUGUUGCAGUAGACUGAUGGGCUUGGUGUUUGAAUCUAAGCGGGGCCACAUUGGAAUUGAAUAUUUUGGACGCACUGUCUAUAUCAAAAUUUUGGCUGUGGGGAUUCAUAUGGGUCAACUUGAAUCUGCAUUGAAUCACCCAUCUUCUUCCAUGAAGGCCAAAGAGAUCCAGAAACAAUUCAAGGGGAAAAAAAUAAUUCUUGGUGCCGAUGACAUGGACAUAUUCAAAGGCAUCAGUCUAAAAUUAUUAGCCAUGGAACAGCUUUUGCAGCAGCAUGAAGAGUUACGGGGCAAACUUGUCCUGGUGCAAAUUAUAAAUCCUGCAAGGAGCACAGGGAAAGAUGUCCAAGAAGCAAAAAGGGAGACAUAUAUGACUACCAGAAGGAUAAAUGAGGAUUUUGGUUUUCCAGGCUAUGAACCGGUUAUUCUAAUUGACCGUAAGGUCCCUACCUAUGAGAAGACUGCCUAUUAUGCUUUGGCAGAAUGUUGCAUUGUAAAUGCUGUGAGGGAUGGUAUGAAUCUAGUCCCAUACAAGUAUACUGUUUGUAGGCAAGGGACUCCAAAAAUGGAUGAAGCUCUGGGAACUGCCUCUGCUUCUUGUCGUGCUAGUAUGCUUGUUGUUUCAGAGUUCAUAGGAUGCUCACCAUCGCUAAGUGGGGCAAUUAAGGUGAACCCAUGGGAUACUGGUGCUGUAGCCAAUGCACUGUAUUCGGCAAUCAUGAUGCCUGAUUUAGAGAAGCAGUUGCGGCACGAGAAACACUUUCGCUAUAUUAGCACUCAUGAUGUGGCUUAUUGGUCCCGUGCUUUUGUGCAAGAUUUGGAUCGAGCAUGCAAAGAUCACUACAGAAAACGUUGUUGGGGCCUUGGAUUUGGUCUGGGUUUUAGAGUUUUAUCCCUCUCCCCAAGUUUCCGGAAGCUUUCUAUUGAUCACAUUGUCUCUGCAUAUAGGAGGACGAAUAGAAGAGCAAUAUUUUUGGAUUAUGAUGGUACAGUAGUGCCCCAAGCUUCAAUUGUUAAAACCCCAUCCCCUGAAGUUAUUUCUGUUCUGAACAACCUGUGUGAUGACCCUAAGAACACAGUGUUCAUAGUUAGUGGUAGAGGGAAAGACUCACUUAAUGAAUGGUUUGCUCAAUGUGCGAAUCUUGGUCUUGCGGCUGAGCAUGGAUACUUCAUAAGGUGGAGUAGGACAUCAAAUUGGGAAACAAAUCCCAUAGGCACAGAUUUUGAUUGGAAAAGGAUUGCAGAACCUGUAAUGAGAUCGUACACGGAGACAACUGAUGGCUCCAAUAUAGAGGCCAAGGAGAGUGCCUUGGUGUGGCACCAUCAAGAUGCUGAUCCUGACUUUGGGACUUGCCAGGCCAAGGAGCUUUUGGACCAUCUUGAAAAUGUACUAGCAAAUGAGCCUGUAGUUGUUAAGAGGGGCCAACAUAUUGUUGAAGUAAAGCCACAGGGAGUUACUAAAGGGCUAGUUGCAGAGAAAGUUCUCUCUGCCAUGAUUAGUAGUGGGAAACAACCUGAUUUUGUGAUGUGCAUUGGGGAUGAUAGAUCUGAUGAGGACAUGUUUGAAAGCAUAUCAAGCAUAGCUAAUGAAUCAUGUCUCCCUGCAGCACCAGAGAUCUUUGCAUGUACGGUUGGCCAAAAACCAAGCAAAGCUAGGUACUAUCUUGAUGAUACUGUGGAUGUUGUGAAAUUGCUUCAGGGCUUGGCCACUGCAUCAGUUAUCAAGCCAAGGUGUGGUUCCGAAAUUCAAGUUUCUUUCCAAGACACCGCUUGAAAUACAUGCACUGUUGUAGGGUUGAGAAGAAAAGGUGUGGAUAGGGCUGUGUUGGAAUAGGAUGCUUUCUUGGAUCGUCUUUUCCUUUUCGUGAUAGAGUGAACAUACUUCAGCAAUCAGAUUGCUCUUUGGUUUUGAUGUUAACUCAUUUGUUGCAAGAGGGGGCUGGAUGAUGCACAGCUUUGGCUCCUUUAGGGAGGAAAAUGAGCAUCAUGGAUUAUGGUGGUCUCAAAUCGUUGCUGACUGACAUAGUAAUUUUUUGUUCAUUUGAAAGUUGGGGCCGUCUGUGAAUCUGCUGGCACCUAGUAGAACCAUUUAUCAAAGGGAAUUCCUUUUUUAGCCCAAAGGUUCAGGUGUUAGCUAUAGGUAUAGUUACUAAUACCAAAGCAUUUGAACUGGUUUUGAUCAUACAUGAAAGUCAUUCUCUAUGGAAGUGUUUUUAGGUCCAUGCUUCUGCCUUGCGAUACAAUUGAGGAUAGUGUCUUUUUUUCUUUUUCUUUUUUUGGUUUCUUUUAAAAAUUGAAACAAGUUCUAGAUGAACACCUUGUAUAUAGAAUUUCAUACGCUGCAGAAUGUGGAAUCAUUUCAUUUUUUCUUGUAAA